AUGCUGUGGACCUCCCAGCCAAAACCUCCAGCCAAGGCUGUCAAGCGCGUCCAAGCGCGCCGGCAGCAAGAGCAGCAUUUGGUGGAGCCCGCCCUUGAGGCUGAAGUGGACGAGGAGCAGGCGGAGGCGGUGGAAGAAGAUGAGCAGAUGAUGGAGGCGGAUGCAGAUGGGCUCGAAGACGACGAGGGGGCCGCCGCCCUUGAACCGCCAGGUGAAGGCGGGAGCGGCGACGCCGACGUACCGCUUCCAUUAGCUGCCGCUGAGAAGAAAGCCAAGAAGCAGCCGCCGGAGGAGGAGGAGGAGGAGGAGUUUGAUGAUGAGGAGGAGGAGGGGGAGGAGCAGCAGGAGCUUGAGCAGGCAGAGGAGCAGCGUGAGCAGGAGCAAGAGGCAGAGGUGGAGGAGCCGGCGGCGGCGGCGGGCAAGCAGGCGCGGCAGCAGCAGCAGCAGCAGGGUGGGCAGGGAGAGCGGUCUGCUGCGUCCAUUGAGGAUGAGGAGGCAGCAAUCAUAGAACGGCAGUGCAGCGACGCCAACCGGGCGGCGGUGGAGGCGCGGGUGUUCAACGGCUCGCAGCCGCCGGUCAUGGCCUGGGGCUGCGAGAACGAGUCGUGCCCGGGCGCGUUUGUGACGCGCACCCUGCGGUACCUGCGCUCCACCCCGCGCUUCUCCUCCCUCCUCACCAUGCUGCCCUGCGACCUGUGGGCCGCCAUCCGCGGCCGCACGCUGUGGGUGGCGGGCGACAGCCAGGCGCAGCGCUUCUACCGCCAGCUGCGCUGCUUCCUGGCGGGGAUGAUGGAGCCGGAGGCGCGGCGGCGGCGAGACGCGCCCAUGUCGGAUGACCCCGCGCAGCAGAAGCGCAUCUACGAGGCUGUGGUGAAGGGGUUUGACGGCUGCUGCGGCGUGGCGCCGCCCAUGUGCACCACGUUUGUGGGCGGCACGCGGGUGUGCCACGCGCGCAUCAACAAGGGCCAGCACAUGCUUCACUACCUGAAGAACCUCAAGGCGCUGGGAGUGGGCAGCCGAGACAUCUGGACGUUCAACGUCGGCCUCUGGCACCACAAGAAGGAGGGGGAGUACCCCUGGCUGGUGAAGGGGCUGGCCGACUACUACCGGCAGCACAGGGAGCAGCUGCCGCGCGUCAUCUGGCGGGACAACUCGCCGCAGCACUUUGACAUCGAGAAUGGCGAGUUCCCGCACCCCAGCGUGGCCUGGAAGGUGCUGGCCCACGCCAAGGGGUGCAAGCCCAUCAAGGGUGUGGAGCUGAUGCCUGACGGCGCCCUGGGCGGCCCCAACGAGCACGUCAAGGCGGGCGGGUGGCGCAACCAGCUGUCUGACGGCGUGUUCAGGGCCGCGGGCAUGCCCAUCCACGCCACAUGGAACGACACGCUGCCCAUGCACGACGGACACAUCGGAUCGGAGUGCACACACUUCUGCGCCCCCGGCGCCUACAACGUGUGGAUCUGGUCCCUCUGGCGCCUGCUGCUGAGCCUGGACGGGCAGGGGGAGGAGCGGCUGGCGGCGACGGGCGUGGCAGAGGGCUCCGCGGCGGCGGCGCAGGCGGCGGCCACGGGCCAGCAGCAGGCGGCAGCAGGAGGAGGCACGGCGGCCAGCGCAGGCGCAGGCGCGGCGACCACGGCGGGAGCCGACGGGAAGGGCGAGGGUGGCGGGCAGCCGGGGUGCUGCUCCAAGCGCUUCUCCUUCCGCAUCAACUCCACAGACAUCCUGGUGUUCCAGCAGAUCUACCGCCACCACUACCUGCGCGCGCUGUACGUGCUGCUGCGCGACUACCAGCCGCGCUACAUCCUGGACGCGGGCGCCAAUGCCGGCUUCUCCACCUCCCUCUUCAAGCUGCUCUUCCCCAACGCCACCAUCGUGUCGCUGGAGCCAGACGCACACAACCAUGCGGCGCUGAUGCGCAACACAGAGGAGUUUUCCGACGUGCACCGCGUGCGUGCUGGCCUGUGGAGCCGCCAGGCCAACAUCACGCAAUCGUUUGACGAUGGCGACUGGGGCAAGAUCUUCCGGGAGACGGCGCCGGGGGAGGCGGGGCUGCCCGCCUACAGCGUGGCCGACAUCGCCGCCAAGUACAACAUACCUGCCUUUGACUAUGUGAAGAUAGACAUAGAAGGCGAGCCCGGCGCCCGCUUCUUGCCGCCUGGGCCGCCUGCACAUGUGGACCCUGCGCAGCCCGCCGCCACAUGCCCGUGGCGGCUAUGCCGCCGCGGGGCUGAGGGCAUGGUGUUUGGGCCCGACGCCGACACCAGCUGGGUCAAGGACGUCAAGCUCAUCUCGCUGGAGGUCCACGACUUCUUCGCCAAGCACUUUGGCCUGCACGCGGUGACUGGGCGCGUGAAUGCGGUGUUUGGGGGCCUGGACUUUGCGCUGACCGCCGACAACGAGCACAUCUUUUACAUCGCCCCAGAGCUGCUGCCAGGCGCCAGCUCAGCGCUAGCAAUGAGCACCCAAUGA